UUAAUUGUGGAGGUCAUCAGAUGGGAAUGCUUGCUGUGGUGGUGUGUGUGUGCUAGCUACCAAAUUGUCACUAGUACUGAAUGCAGGCUUAGUAAUUCAAACAUAAAGGCAAGGUUGUCUAGUAGGUUUACUGGCUGUGCUUGCUUAAUAAAUGACCCACCCACAGAUUUUAGCUCUUGUGAGUGAAUUGGAACAAGAAUGACAGCUACAACUAAAACCGAUCCCGCCAUUCCCCUGGCAGAACCAGCCACUGCCAAGAAGACAAAGAAGCAGCAGCCUAAGAAAGUAGCGGGAGGCACAAAAGCCAAGAAACCCUCCGGGCCCAACAUGUCUGAGCAGAUCGUCAAAGCCAUGUCCGCCUCUAAGAAGGCUAUGGCUGCCGGAGGAUACGAUGUGUACAAGAACAACAGCCGGCUCAAUUUGGUUCUCAAGGCCUUGGUCACUAAGGGGACUCUGACCCAAGUCAAAGGGAGCAGAGCCUCCGGAUCCUUCAAGCUCAACAAGAAGCAACUGGAGACCAAGAACAAUGCGGCCAAGAAGAAGCCAGCGGCACCCAAAUCCAAGAAACCAGCAGCCGGGGCAAAGAAGGCGCCCAAGUCCCCUAAAAAGCCCAAGAAGGUCUCGGCCGUAGCAAUGAGCCCCAAGAAGAUGAAGAAACUAGCAAAGGCCGCCAAAAGCCCCAAGAAACCGAAGGCUGUUAAACCCAAGAAGGUGGCAAAGAGUCCCUCUAAAAAGGCCAAAAAGCCCAAAGCUGACAAGAGCCCAGCAAAGGCCAAAGUCGCCAAACCCAAAGCGGCUAAAGCCAAGAAGCCUGCGCCUAAGAAGUAAUGUGCCCGCAACCCCCGCUCAUCCCUGUCAGGAUAAUGCAAAUAAAUGUAAUGCUGGAAAAACAUGCAUUACAAAUAUUGUGCUCUUAAAUGCAUUUCCAAAACGGUUUUACCUAGCAAUAGAGGGAUGUUGAGGUUUGAUGUUCAGCCUGUACAUCCCAGCUGAGAGA